CAGCCCUCUCCUUCCUCCUCCCUCCUCCGUCUUCCCUUCCCGACCGACAACCACCCCAUCGACAGCAACCCACCUCCGAUACCCCGACUACCCCGUCUCCUCCUCCUCCUCCUCCUCCUCCUCGGAUAGCUCCUUUCUCCCCUCCCAAUUUACAGCAACCCACCUCCCCAUACCCCAACAACUCCCUCUCCACCCUCCUCUUCCUCCCCCUCCUCCAGAGAUCGGGAUCGGAUCGCCGAAAUGUCGGUGUCGAGCGACACGGGAGGCGCGGGGAAGAAGGCCCCCAGGCGGCUCGGCGGCAUGGCCGAAGCCCUCGCCAUCGCCUCCGAUCUCGGCUUCCCCAUCCCUCCUGUCCAGGAUGAUCAACAGGGCUUGUCAAAUUCCAUUGCUGCGGAUAAAGGAGAUGACUUGAUAAGGGUUUUGAGAGAGCUUACUACUGUACAGAGAAAUAUAGCCAAUUUGCAAGUGGAACUUCAAGGACGAAAGGAUGAUAAGAAUGUUGCUCAUCUAACCCAUGUUAGUGAAAUGGAAAAGAAAUGUGAGUCUUUGGCCAGAAUUACUGCUAUUUUGAAAGAUGUCAUUCAGAACAAGGAUCGGAUCAUUGCAAGAUUGCAGCAACCAUAUUCUUUAGACUGCAUUCCUGUGGAAGCUGAAUAUCAGAAACAAUUCUCAGAGUUAUUGCUGAAGGCUGCUAGUGAUUAUGGAGCUCUGACAGCAGCAGUUGGUGAUUUCCAGUGGUGCCAGAAUUUCAAAGAAUCACCUACAGUAUGGGGGGAAAUGUUGCGUCCUAUUCCUGCUGCCCUGGCAUCAUGCACCCGGUUCUUCGAAGCCAUGUCUGCUAUGAGGGAUUCAUUUGCAACCCUGCAACAGUUUCGUGUCAGUAACUCUUCCUUGCCAACAACACCUAGUGACUCUUCAGGAGGGGAUUCCAAGUAUGUUACGCCUCCCCAUUGGAGAGAAGGCAUGACAAGCUCAGAUGAUUCGAUGGUUGACGGUUGGAGGCAGCAAAAUGCAGAGGGCCAUCCAAUGGAGGCGACAGAUGAUAUUGGUCAAAGGAGGUUGUCUUGGCCAUCCCCAGUCAAGAAGGGUCUGUGAGUUGUGGCUUUCCUAUUUUUGUGCUGGACUGAUUGAAGAUUCAUUGAAGAAAAGGAAGAACUUGUAAGAUCAGCAGACAAAUCAAGUAACCCGAGAAGAUGUCGAUUUUACAUCCUACCAAGUUAUCUAGUAGUAGGACGCAACUGCUCUUACUUUUAUGUUAUAGUCGAUCCGUGUAAUGUAGUCAAUAUAGUUUUCAUGUGGGUUUCUCUCAAACUAACCAUAUUGGAACUAUCCUUUGAGCGACGAUUUGUAUGGUACUAUAUAUUAGCCAUUCUUGUGCCAUGUCAGAUUGCUUUACGUCUAAA